AUGGCACUUUGUUUGGCUAACUCGCUAAUUGCUUGUCAAGACUUUGUUUCAUAUGAUCAAUUAGUUCGCUACAAAUGGUGGUAUCGACAUGGCUACAUGUCAUCGACUGGUCAAUGUUUCGACAUUGGUGCAGCCACUCGACAGUCUAUCGAAGAAUUUGAAACACGCCAAAGAAAGUUUGCACACGAUCAUGACAUGCCAUUAGAUGAAAUGGACUUGCUAUCUGAUCGUGGUCUUCUUCAAGCAUUCGAUGUAAAUUGCAGUAAAGAGGGUGUGGCUGGUAACGGAGCCCUAAUGCGUCUUGCACCUGUGCCACUCUUCUUCUACCGAAAUCCAGAAGUGGCCGUCGACUAUUCUGGCAUUAGUGGUCGAAUCACCCAUGGAGAUGACAAAGCUUAUGAUGCCUGUUGUUAUUAUGGAGCUCUCAUCAUAGCUGCCAUGAAUGGUGCGAAGAAAAGCGAGCUGACUAGUAAAACAUUUUACGAUAAACAUCGAGAAUGGUUUGGUAAUCGAAGCCUUGAUCCUGAAAUCAUGAAGAUUGCUGAGGGAUCGUAUCAAAAACCAGGUGGAUAUCAAGAUGGAAUUCGAGGGAAAGGAUACAUUGUCAAUGCUCUGGAGGCCGCAUUGUGGGCGUUUUGGAGUGAUGAAGACUCGUUCGAAACAGGUGCACUUAAAGCUGUUAAUCUGGGCGAUGAUACAGACACAACAGCAGCUAUCUAUGGUCAGUUAGCAGGAGCUCACUAUGGUUACAAGAAGUUACCAGAAAAAUGGCUGGAUUGCAUUGGACAAAUAACCCAUGGAGAUGACAAAGUUUAUGAUGCAUGUUGUUAUUACGGAGCUCUUAUCGUAGCUGCCCUUGACGGUGCAAAGAAAAGUGACUUAACUAGUACAACAUUUUAUGAAGAGCAUCGAAAAUGGUUUGGAGAUCGAACCCUUCAUACUGACAUCAUGGCGAUUGCUCAUGGAUCCUAUCAAAAACCAGGUGGCUAUCAAGAGGGAAUUCGAGGGAAAGGAUACAUUGUCAAUGCUCUGGAAGCUGCUUUAUGGGCUUUUUGGAGUGACGGGGACUCGUUCGAAGCAGGCGCACUUAAUGCAGUUAAUCUAGGUGAUGAUACAGACACAACAGCAGCUAUCUAUGACAUAAUGUCCCUAACACUCCGACGCAGCACUCGCACACAAGCUUCAAAACCUCAUUGGAUCGAUACAUAA